UGAUUUUUUUCUGUCAAUUCUUAUUAUCGAGUUGCUCUCAGUUUACAUUUCUUCUUGUAUGCUCGAUUUGUUUCGGAUUAUUAUUAUUUUUUUCCUUUCCACGAUCAAGCUUCGAUGCUGGCCUAUGUCUUAUCUCUUGCUUUUUCAAUCCAAGUAUUGUUGAUACGAUAGGAUUCACUGAUACAGAUUAUUCCGAGAACUUUACUUUAGUACCAUGAGCAAACAACCUUUAGUUUAUAGUUUUGUGGCCAAAGGCACAGUUGUGCUCGCAGAGUACACUGCCUUUUCUGGGAACUUCAGUACUAUUGCUGUACAGUGCUUGCAGAAACUUCCUCAGAAUAGCAACAAGUUUACCUAUUCAUGUGAUGGUCAUACCUUCAAUUUCCUAUUAGAUAAAGAGUUCGUAUUUCUUGUCGUAGCUGAUGAAGUGGUUGGAAGGUCUUUACCCUUUGUAUUUCUAGAGAGAGUAAAAAAUGAUUUCAUUCAAUUGUAUGGAGCAAGUAUUGGGGGAGGAGGCCCUCACCCACUUGCGGGUGAAGAGGAUGAUGAUCUAUUUGAGGAUAGGUUCUGCAUUGCUUAUAGCCUUGACCGAGAAUUUGGUCCUAGGCUGAAAGGGCAUAUGCAGUAUUGCAUAAAUCAUCCAGAAGAAAUGAGCAAGAUCUCCAAGUUAAAAACACAAGUUACAGAGGUUAAAGAUAUAAUGAUGGACAAUAUUGAGAAGGUUCUUGAUCGAGGUGAGAAAAUUGAACUUUUGGUGGACAAGACUCAAAGUUUGCAGUUUCAGGCUGACGAUUUCCAGAGGCACGGCAGGCAACUCCGGAGGAGGAUGUGGUUGCAGAGUCUUCGAUUCAAACUGAUGGUAGCUGUUAUUGCCCUUGCAGUGAUACUUGCCCUCUGGUUCAUGGCUUGCAAAGGGUUUAAAUGCUAAUUCACGUUACUAUUGUGUGUGUUAUGUAUCUUACGGUAUCAUUAUGAGCUGUCUAUGCGUUGGUAUGUAAAUAAAUAAAUCUAUUCGAAUCGCAGAUAGAUUACAAAAAUAUGUAUAUAUAUGCACUUUUUGGAUUUGAUGUUCAACUGUAGCAAAGGCGGCUUUCAGUACUUUGUUUA